AUGGCCCAAGAACUCAAAGCAAAGGGCAAUGAGCUCUACAAAUCUGGGGAUUACAGCGGUGCCGAAGACUUGUACUCCCAGGCAAUCCAAAAGAACCCCAGUGACCCAACCUUCUUCACAAACCGCGCGAUAACACGAAGCAAACUUGCCAAAUGGGCCGACGUUGAACAUGACGCGCGAGCCGCAAUCGAGAUAUACGGUCUCAAGAACCCCGUCGCGCUCAAGAGCUACUACUACCUCGCACAGGCACUCCUAGGCCUCCAGCGCCCACAAGAAGCACUCGACGUCGCGUCCGAAGCUUACCAACAGAGUCUAGCAGCAAAGAAUGCCCAAUCAGAGAAUCUGUCGCAGACGGUCCUGCGCGCGAAGCAGCAGAUCUGGGCUGCGCGGGAGACUUCUCGGGUGCGCCAGCUGAAUGAGACACUGGGUUCUAUGGAGGCGCUCAUUGAGGCCGAUGUGACGCGGGCGCUGGCGGAGUUGCAGGGUCGCUUGGAGCGCGGGGAGAUUGGGGAGAUUGGGUUCGGGGAGGACCAGAAGGCGCUGCGGGAGGAUGCGGAGACUAAAGUUAGGCAUUUGAGGGAGGCAUUUCGAGUUGCUUCCAAGGGAGAGGUUCAGGAAAGGGUUGUUCCGGACUAUCUCAUUGAUGGCAUCACAUUUGAGAUCAUGCAUGAUCCUGUCAUUACACCGUCCGGGGUCAGUUUCGAUCGCUUGGGCAUCACCAAGUAUGUCGAGAAGUCGGGCGUCGAUCCUUUGACUCGGGCUCCUAUCAGUGUCAAUGAUCUGCGGAACAACUAUGCCCUCAAGGCAGUUUGUGAGGAAUUCCUCACCCACAAUGGAUGGGCGGUGGAUUGGUGA